AUGGGCUGGGUAAUAACAACAUUAGGAGUGGCCUUGGCGCUUGUUGUUAUAGGAGGAGCAGCUUUGGUCUUUUACCGAAGGUAUGGUUUAAAUUGUAAAUGGAGUACACGUAACAUCUGGAGCGUGUGUGAAGAGUGGCGUCAAAGAUUGUCAUGGUUGUGGGCCCCACGAGAAGAAAAAGUAGGACUGGUGAAAGCUCAACAUCCAACCGCUCAGACAAUCCCGGGCCUAUAUCGACAGUCUGGUGGGAGUACACAGUCUCACCAUCUUUUACACAGCGACAGUGACCUGAGAUUGGAUGCUCAAGGAGCUUUUACCCGAUUUGAAGCAGUAGAUCGAGACCUUCAUCCUCCACUGGGGGGGGGAGUUGGAUGUAAUACAACAAUGAUUCCACCGCAGCCUCUGAGACCAGCACCCCAACCAAAAUCGACUCCCCGGCCUCGACCUUCUCCUCUUCAAACGCACAAUACACCUGAAUAUUUACGGAUGCAAGAUUCUGGAGCAGCUCCUCUUACUCCCCCACCAAUACCGCGUCCAGCGGGUGCUCAUCACCGAAACGAUCGCAAUGAUCGUAAUGGAUCUGUAUUUAUUUUUCAAAAUGAAAUUCCGAAAAUUUACAACCAGUACAGCAACGGAAGUAGACAAACUGCGACCGCUGGUAGCACUAAUGGCCCGCCUUCAUUUAAUUAUAAUUUCAACACUAAAUCUGUACCUGAGAGUAUUCAAACGAGUGGUUGUUACUCUAUUAAUAACCAAAAUCAUCAUCAGCCUUUAGGUGAUGAUGAACAUGAAAAAAAAUUAACCUUUGAAUCUCAAUGUGAUAGUGUAAAUAAUAUUAAAGAGAGAAUAAAAGAUAGUUAUCAUCUCUGUAGAAUAAAUCGAGAAACUUCAUACAGAGCUUACGAUCUUAUUGAAGAUACGGCUAAACUUAAAUAUGGAGUUUCAACUUGCCAACUCAAUGAACAUUCUACUAUUCAAAGACAAAAUUCACAGCAGCAACAUCAGCAACAUCAGCAACACCAGCAACACCAGCAACAACAAAUUCGACAUCAUAAUAAUACACAUGUGAGAAAUGACUCCAGGGGCUCUUUUAAUAGCUUCAAUUUUACCAACUCAAAUUCAUUUAUUGAAUCAAUAUACGGGUCUGAAGCUAUUACAAAGUUACUGCAAAAUUCUCAAAUUUAUUCAAGCCAAUUGGGGGGAAAAAAUGAGGAAAUUUCUGGGCAAAACAUUGAAAUGACACCCUUGAGAAAUUCAAAUAUUUUUGCGGAUGACAAUUACGGGAUCGAUAUUCACGGAAAUAAUUCAAAAAUUCAAGGACUGCAGAGAGUCUCUCAGUACAUCCAAAGUUUACCAGAUGUACCAAAUUACGACUCGCUGAGUGAUCAAACGCACGAGGAUCCAAACACCGAAGAUGAGGGAGUGCUGACACCGGGUGACAACGAUACACCGAGUCCUGUUCCACCCCCAGCUCCACCAGAUCCUUCAAAUCAUGACUCUUCACUGCAUAACCACCAGCAGCAGUCCACCAACAACAGUCCCACUACCGGUGAGAGAAUUUUCAGCGCUCUGAGGUCUGUUACAUCUCAGAGCUACAUUGACGCUUCUGAAUUUUACAACUCAGUACUUUCAUCAGCUCAGCAAGUUCCGAUGUUAACUUUCCCCGGAAUCAGACGGUCUAGUCUUAAUUUAGAAAAAAAUGAAACGGUAAACGGUAUACAAGAUGAGGUUUCAAAUUUGUACAUCGAUGGUGAGCCAGCGGCUAUUGGUAUUGAUUGCUCGAGACGGACAUCCGACCUUUACAGUCCGGAGCUUAAUUUGGAAGCUCAUCGGACCGCGCAAGAGGUUUACAACAGUCUUCAAGAUCCCCCUUCAUCGCCACUUCUUUUGAAAAAUCUUAGUCAAGAACCCUAUCCUUACAUGUCUGAUCCAAGUUUUACCAGAACAUCUGAGGAUAUAUUUAAUAGUUUGGAACAGAGAAGAAAAAGUAUGGAAAGACUAAACGGAUUUCAUGAUUAUGUAGAGAUGGAUGGCAUUGAUAAUGUCAGGAGGCGAAGCAGUAGCCAAGACCUUUAUAAUGCUCUAGAAGAGGUUCAGUUACAGAGAAGACUGUCACAACAACUGAUUGAAGACUCGUACGGAUAUUCAAAUUCAAAUUCAAAUUCGUCAAUAGAUGUUGAAGAAAUAAGUUUGAAUGGUAGACGUAGUUCAUCGCAAGGGCCGGAGCCAGAGCCACCACCUGAUGAAACAAAUUUAAAGAGAGCUAUAAGUUGUGAAAGCGUUUGCUCAGAUACAAGUGUUAUACUUGGAGAUAUUGAACAAGUAACUGUUGUUGGACUAAUUUGCGUUGGCCUAGAGUAUGAACGGUGGGGAGGACGUGGAGCUGACAUUGAGGGUGAUCUUGUUAUUAGUGUUCUUGAAGCGAGAGAUCUGAUUGCACCUGAUGGACGACCUGCUCAAGACACUCUUGCCAGAGUAUGCCUUCUUCCGGAUAGACAAACACAUGUACAAACCAGACUUUAUAGAGGAUCACCUUCACCAAGUUAUCAGGAAAAAUUUUUAUUUCCCCUUGAUGGAGGUCCAAUAGGAAGGACUUUAUUGGUAGAAAUAUUUUCAGUCGAAAUAAAUAUGGGGGGUGGCGGCGGCGGCGGCGGAGUGUUUCUUAUUGGUGAAGCUUCAUUGAAAUUAGGACCAGCAGCUCGACCACCAGCUACAACCUGGCUGCCUCUUGUUUCUCCAGGUCUACCAGUUCCUCGUUUGGGUGAACUUAUGUUUUCAUUAAGCUAUUUACCAACUGCCGAAAGGCUCACUUUAGUUGUUGUUAAGGCCAGAAAUCUUCACACAAAUAAUCCAGUACCAGGGGAUUUAUUUGUUAAAGUGUACCUGCUGCAACAAGGGAAAAAAAUACACAAGAAAAAAACCUCUGCUAAGCGAGGCGAAAAAAGUCCAACUUUCAAUGAGGCUAUGAUUUUUAACGUGCCUGCUCAUACUUUGCAGACAAUUCAAUUGAGACUGACUGUAGCUGAAUUAAAUUCCGAUUCUACAACUAAUUCGAAAACAUACUCCAUAGGUCAUGUUAUAAUAGGUUCUAAUACAACUGGAAAAUCAUUAACACACUGGCGACAAAUGUUAACAGCUCUUCGGCGCCCGGUUGUCAUGUGGCAUCCGCUUAGAAAAUGA